CUAUAAAUAUGAGCCUUGCGCGUGAGAACCAGAGGAAAAAGGACCGAGUGGGUUUUAAAAAUAAUAAUAAUAAAGUUGAGAGAGAGACAGACAGACUGAGGCAGAGAGACAGAGACAGAGGCAGAGAGACAGAGACAGAGAGACAGAGAGAAUCAUUGCAAGAAAUCCUAAACGAGGACCAUGCAGUGUGGGCUACUGCCCCCAAGAGGGAUGAGCCUCCGGAGGCUGCGGAAGCAGUGUCUGUGCCUCAGUUUCUUGCUCCUUCUUCUACUGAAUAAGGUCGUUCCAACUCAGAGUUGCCCGUCUCCGUGCCCGGGCCGAUGCCCAGCCCAGCCACCUACCUGCGCCCCCGGGGUGCCGGCUGUGUUGGACAGAUGCUCCUGCUGCCUGGUAUGUGCCCGCCAACGCGGGGAGAGUUGCUCCGAGUUACUGCCCUGCCAGGAGAGCAGCGGCCUCUACUGUGACCGCAGCGCCGACCCGAGAGCUGAAGUUGGCAUCUGCAUGGUUCUAGAAGAAGACAAUUGUGUGUUUGAUGGCAUAAUUUACCGAAGUGGUGAGACCUUUCAGCCAAGCUGUAAAUAUCAGUGCACCUGCAGAGAUGGGCAAAUAGGCUGCAUUCCUCGAUGCAACCAUGACCUGCUGCUUCCUCGACCUGACUGUCUUCCAAGGAAAGUGGAAGUUCCAGGAGAAUGCUGUGAGCAGUGGGUUUGUGACCCAAAGGAAGAAGUGACUUUGGGAGGCCUUGCUCUACCAGCUUACAGACAAGAGGCCACACUGGGGAUUGGUGUGUCUGACUCAAGCCUCAACUGUAUAGAGCAAACUACAGAAUGGAGUGCAUGUUCCAAAAGCUGUGGGAUGGGAUUUUCUACUCGGGUCACCAAUAGGAAUCGCCAUUGUGAGAUGAUGAAGCAGACUCGUCUUUGCAUUGUAAGGCCCUGCGGACAAGAGGUUGAACAUUCCAUUGAAAAGAAAGGAAAAAAGUGUCUCCGCACUAAGAAGUCCCUUAAGGCCAUCCACUUACAAUAUAAGAAUUGCACUAGCACCCAGACAUACAAACCCAGGUACUGUGGCAUCUGCACUGAUGGCCGGUGCUGCACUCCGCAUAAUACCAAAACUAUCCAAGUGGCAUUUCAUUGUCCCCAAGGACAAAUUGUCAAGAAACCUAUGAUGCUCAUCAGUACCUGUGCCUGUCACACCAACUGUCCCCAAAGCAAUGAUGCCUUCCUCCAAGUGUUUGAACCCGAGACUAGAAGAAUGAAGACAUAAGUUGUGUAGGACAGGCAACGUGCCAAUGGAAAGAAAAUAUUUGGGAAUAAGACAAAGCAUGACUCAUUCAUUUGAAUAUAAGAGUAAUGGGUUAAAGAUCUUCGACUUUGCCUCUGCCUCAGCAUGUAUGUAACAUGUAGCUAGCUGGCUUAUUUUGUGUUAUCUUAAAGGAAGAAGAAAUUUAGUAAAUAAAGCAAGGAGUCUAAGUGGCAUAAAGGUAAGUCAAAGAUAGGGUUCAGUGAUAGGUUAAUUUUAUAUGAUUCUGUUUAAACCAAUUAAAAGCACUAUAAUUAUAACAAACAGCUCUGUACUUUGUCUUGGUAUGCUGUAUACUUUUAUGAUACUAUUCUUUUGCCUUUGAGUAGAAUGUUAGGUACUCAUCUCAAAAUGUUUCAAAUGAUAGGAUUAUCCCAGAAUGACACCAACCAUCUCACUGUACAACUGCAUUGUUGUAGAGUCACAUUUUGACUUAAGGGUACACUGCUAUUUAUCCAUCUACAUCCAAAAUGUGGGGAGCAUUUAAUAAAGCAAGAUCUAAGCUAGCAUGGGAGAUAGCUCUGAUACUGUAUGUCUUUAAGUCAGAACAGAGACAAUUCAUCCAUUUUGACAUGUAUUGCACACCAUAAGUUGGAUAGUAGAUCUCUUAGUGGAGUAACUGAUACCUAAAAGCUAAUUUGUCUGGCAUUACAGGUCACAAUAAGCCCUGUUGCAUUUCAAACUCUUUACAGUAAAGAGGAAAAGCAGAAUACUAGCAGGAGGUAACCUCUCCACAGAGGCUAAUGCUCCCUUCAAAGAGCUUCCAGUCCUUUCCACACAUUCAUCUUCUUUGCCAUUUUGAAGCAUACUUUAGCUGUCUGUAUUGGUUUUAAGUGCACUUAAAACUGAAUUUCAGACACAGAAAUAAGCAAUUGCUAUGGUGGGGUUAUAAACUACCAGAAAGGCAUGAGAUCCCAAAUUUGGGAUUAAUGUUGCUAUGACUUAUUAAACUGUAUCCAUAAUAUUGUUUUUUGUCUUUUAUUUUUGGCUGGGCAAUGAGCUUUAAGUGACUUGCCCAGGGUCACACAGCUAGUUAAGUGUCAAGUGUCGGAGACUGGAUUUGAACUCAGGUCCUCCUGAAUCCAAGGCCAGUGCUUUAUCCACUGUGCCACCUAGCUGCCCCCUAACCCAUAAUAAAACACCCUAUAAAUAAGAUUUAUGUGUACACAUGUAUAUCCCUAUGAGUCUGCAAGAUAAGCUAUACAAUUAAAUAUGUAAAUUCCUUUUGUUUUGUGCAUUGAACUUGUUUCCUUGUUAUGUUAACAAAGCAUUAAUGUAUAUAUAGAAAUUGUAUAUUUUGUAAAAUAUCCUUUUUUUAUUUUUCUGUACUUGUCAAACAUACUGAAUAAACAAGUUUUGAAAGUG